AGAUCAGAAAAGUAUACAUUGUUCACGAAGUUAGCUUAAUUUGUCAAGAAGAAAAUGAAGCUCAAGGUGGAAGUAAUGUCCAAAGAGAUUAUCAAGCCAUCAUCCCCUACACCUGAUGCGCUUUGCCAUUACCAACUCUCAUUUCUUGAUCAAAUCUCUCCUCCAGUUUAUAACCCAUUGAUUCUAUUCUACCCGAUGACCAAAUGCAAUAUCCAGGUCAACAAAAUCAAGCUUAUUGACCACCUUAAACAAUCCAUGUCCAAUGCCUUAACCUAUUUCUAUCCAUUAGCCGGAAGGAUUAACCAUAACCUGUUUGUAGACUGUAACGAUGAGGGCGUACCGUUUCUGGAGGCCCAAGUCCCUUGCCAACUUUCAGAUGUUGUAGAAAAUGCUGUUCCUAGUGAACUCAAUAAAUUACUUCCAUCGGUACUAGAUGAUGCUGAGGAAUUGCCCCUGGGAAUCCAACUCAACAUUUUUGAGUGUGGAGGCAUAGGUAUUGGUGUCUGUAUUUCUCACAAAAUUGCGGAUGCCCUAUCACUUUUCACAUAUGUGAAUACUUGGGCUGCCAUUUCUCGCGGAGAUCAGAGUUUCAUAGUGUCUCCAGAAUUAAUAUCAGCCAAACUCUUUCCUCCAAAGAACAUUUUAGGGUAUGAACCGAGAAUUGGCAUAUCAACAGAAAGAAUUGUGACAAAGAGGUUUGUGUUCAGUGCCUCUAAAAUACAGGAAAUCAAAGCUAAAUGCACUAACAGUAGUACUGCAACCACCGGAAACCAAAAAGGCCCAUCACGCAUUGAGGCAUUAUCAGCUUUCAUAUGGAGCCGUUUUGUUGCUUCCACCAAAGCAAAAUCAAUACCUGAUAGCUGCUUCUACGCAAUUGUUCAUGCAGUAAACUUACGCACAAGAUUAGACCCGCCGCUGCCGGAGCAUUCUUUUGGGAACUUUUACCAAAUGGCAAUGACAGUUCCAUCCAGAAACUCUGGAGAAGAUUUUUAUAAUCUCGUUAACCAGAUAAGAGAAUCUAUAAGAAAACUUGACUCGAAAUAUGUGAGGCAACUCCAAGAUGGACAGAGUCACUUUGACUUCAUCAAAGAGAGAGCCGAAAGUUUCAUCACAGGACAGAUGGUUUCCUUCAACUUCACCAGUUUAUGCAGGUUUCCUCGGUAUAAAGCUGAUUUUGGUUGGGGGAAACCCAUUUGGGUGGGUUCGGUGAGCCUGACUUUCAAGAAUCUAGUUGUUUUCAUGGAUACUGCUUUCGGAGAUGGAAUAGAGGCUUGGAUCAGCCUACAGGAGGAAGAUAUGGCUACAUUUGGAAGUGACGAAAUGCUGCUUGCAUAUGCUGUUUCACAUCAAGGCUGCUAAAGAAUUUAUCACUCUUAUUUCUGUCCAAUAUCGAAUUUGUAGCGGAAGAUGUUUUUGGCAUUUGCUUAGUGAAAUAUUGCUCGUAUG